CUCUCCCGCAUCAGGACCAUCACUCGCAUCCUUAGAGCGUCAGCACGCCACAGCACAUUGCCUCGGAUCCAGACCACUCCAGCUCCAACCUGAUACACACCAGGCUUGAAGCAUUGACAAUACCGUAAUGGAGAGCUUGCUGGAUAACCCUAUGAAAGCUGUGCUUUAUCAAGAGCUGACCACCAUCGUACAAAACCAGCAGAGUCUGAUUCAAACCCAGCGGCAGCGGAUCGACGAGCUCGAGAGGAAGGUUGAGGAUCUCAUCGGCGAGAAUCGACAGCUGAGAGAACCGCAUCCAUACCACCACCAUCAUCCGCCGCACCAUCAUCACCACCCUUCCCCGCCGACCAGCAGCCCUCAGCCGGGCGCGCACGCACACCAGCAUCAGGCGACUCACGGUCAACCCCAGCAGCCGCCGCAGCAGCAGCAGCAGCAUCAUCAGCAACAGCAGCAUCCGUCCAAACAGGCGCAGCAUACUCCGGUAGCUCCAAUACAUCACCCGCAGCAUCUGCAGCUGGUCCCUACAUCCCCACCGUCUCUUAAACCGACUCACUCUAGCCCGGAGUCGGCGGAGGACGAUAAGAGGAGCCCGUCCUGCAAGUCUUUGGUUCCGCAAACACCCUCGACAUUGUGCCGGUCCGUCGGACUCGCGAGGAAACCCGAGAACCAGACAGUUCUGCACCAGUUUUGUUGUCCCGCUCCGGACGCCCCUGAGUCUGACUCUCAGGCCUGUGUACCCAGUGAAGAGACACCCUCCCCUUCUCCCACUGCGUCACCAUCCCCUGGGGAAACUGUGUCGCCCUCACCAGGGGUGACUGCUGCCAGUGCAACCCAGCCUGAGGUCCAGGUGACGCCUCAACUUGCAGAAAGCCCCGUGACAUCUGUCGAUGGAGGAGGGGGAGACGGGGAUCGAGAUGGAGGUGGAGCUCAAGACACAGGGAGUGCACAGGUGGACAAAGAAGAGGUGGAGCUACAGGAGGUAGAAAAAGAGGAAGAAAAACCCCAAGUGCAACAACAACUGGAGCAAGAGGAGGAAAAGAAAGAGACAGAGGAGCAGGAGAGGGAAGCGGCAUGUACGGGGGGUGCGGGAAGGAGGCCGAGCUUGCAUCACACUGCCUCACCAAUUAGAGUACAGAGGAACGGAGCGUGCAGCCACUCCACAACCUCGGACUAUGAACUCUCGCUCGACCUCAAAAACAAGCAGAUCGAAAUGUUAGAGCACAAAUAUGGGGGCCACCUUAUCUCACGGCGUGCAGCCUGCAAAAUCCAGACGGCCUUUCGCCAAUACCAGCUCAGCAAAAACUUUGAGAAGAUCCGAAACUCCCUCCUUGAGAGCCGCUUGCCACGACGUAUCUCCCUGCGAAAGCUGCGUGUGCAAAAUACAGAGGGAAUCUCGGCUGAACGGGCACUGGCUGAAGGCUGUAAUCUGGCAAGUAUCCCAUUGGUCCGGUCCCCAUCCCUGCCCACUACAGUGGGAGGUACUCUAACUGACCUGGAGGAUUCAUUCAAUGAACAAGUCCAGUCUCUUGCCAAGUCCAUCGAUGAUGCACUCAGCAACUGGAGCAUGAAGACUAUGUGUUCUCUUCAAGAAGGCGGCACUUAUCAGUUUAGCUCAGAAGCCUUUAGUACAGCUGGUGGCAAAUCUGGGGUGGCAGGGACAGUUCAAGAAGGUGGCCCCAUGAACCCUGUUACACUUCAGAGUGGAACAACCCAAAUGGAAAACUCUGAGAAUAUGGCCCGUAGUGCCAGUAAACUAAUGAUGGCCUUCCGGGACGUGACGGUUCAAAUAGACAGCCAGAACUUUCGCAUGUCCUCCUCAGUUUUGGAAUCCUCCGCUUCCGUCUCUCUCGGUAAUUGUGUCCAGCAGGGGGCCACGAUUACCGAGAGCCAACAGCAAUCUCCAGUUAAUGAUGCAAACAGUGAACAGUUGCUACAAGGACAACCACCACCACCACCACCUCCACAGGAUCUAGCUUCUGCAUCUUUAGAGCUGGAUGUUGAUGAAGUACCAGAUGGUGACUUCCCAGCCCCUCCACCAAGUGAGGAGGAACUUGGGGAGGAGGCAUGCCCUCUGGUCCUGGAAAAUAAGGAAGUUCUAGGGUCAGAACCGACAAUUCCAGCACAGACAGUAGUAACUGCUGAUACCUUGUCUCCACCAGAGCUUGCAGAGACGCUGGUCACCCCAACCGUAGAGAUGCUGGAGGCAAAGCGUAUUGAAUCAGACAUGGCAGACAACAGCUCAGAACAGAUGAGCAGCAGUAGCACAUCCACAUCAGCGCGCUCGACUUCAGAGGUCUCAUCCAAAGAGGCUCUGCAGGCUAUGAUCCUGAGCUUGCCAAGAUACCAAUGCGAGAACCCAACAAGCUGCAAAUCUCCAACCCUCUCUACUGAUGUAAUGCGAAAACGCCUGUACCGUAUUGGUCUCAACCUCUUCAACAUAAAUCCAGACAAAGGUCUCCAGUUUCUCAUCUCUCGUGGUUUCAUUCCGGAUACGCCCAUAGGAGUGGCCCACUUCCUGCUCCAAAGGAAGGGCUUAAGCCGGCAGAUGAUUGGCGAGUUUCUUGGCAACAGCAAGAAGCCAUUCAACAGAGAUGUGUUAGAUCAGCGUUACUGUAUGUGUAAUCCAGACGUGGUUCAGCAGUUCCACAAUCCUGAUACCAUCUUUAUCCUCGCAUUCGCUAUCAUACUGCUUAAUACAGACAUGUACAGUCCUAACAUCAAACCAGACCGCAAGAUGAUGCUGGAAGACUUCAUCCGCAACUUGAGAGGUGUUGAUGAUGGAGCAGAUAUUCCUCGGGAUAUGGUAGUGGGAAUAUAUGAGCGGAUUCAACUAAGGGAGCUACGCUCUAAUGAAGACCAUGUCACUUAUGUCACCAAGGUGGAACAAAGCAUUGUGGGAAUGAAAACAGUUCUGUCAGUACCUCACAGGAGAUUGGUGUGCUGCAGUCGACUGUUUGAGGUGACUGACAUCAAUAAAGCCCAAAAGCAAGCUGCUCACCAGAGAGAGGUUUUCCUCUUCAACGACCUACUUGUGAUUUUAAAACUGUGUCCAAAGAAGAAAAGUUCGGCUGCCUACACCUUCUGCAAGGCCAUGGGUCUGCUAGGCAUGCAGUUUCACCUGUUCGAGUGUGAAUACUAUCCUCAUGCGAUCACUAUCGUGUCUCCGUGUUCGGGUUCUGAUAAGAAACAGGUGCUGAAUUUUUGUGCCCAAAGUGCAGAAGAGCUGCUGAAGUUUGUUGAGGACCUAAAGGAGUCCAUUGCCGAGGUGUCAGAGAUGGAGCAGAUACGCAUUGAAUGGGAGUUGGAAAAGCAGCAGGGAGCCAAAACACACUCCAUCAAGAAUAACGGGACACAGCUUGAAUUGAGAGGAAGACAAAGUUCUCCUUUAGGCCAACAAGACAUGAACACAUCACAGAGUGGACACAAUGCAGUAGAGGUGUCAAUUCACAACAGGCUUCAAACGUACCAGCUCAACGCGGUGCCGCAGAGCCCUGAGAGGGCCGCCCUUCUCGACCACCAGAGGGAGCCUCCGUUGCAAUGUGCCAGCUCCACACCCUCGCACUCCCACCAGCCUGUGGCCCUGGCCGAGAUACGACCCGACACGCUCAUCCAGUGCCAGCAAAUCGUCAAGGUCAUCGUCUUGGACAAGGGCGGUCACGGUCGCAUGGAGGCGUUCCUCAGCCAGAGCCCCACUCAUCACCAGCUUGUCCAGUCUGCGGUCUCCACGCCGGUGCGUUCUCCUGACGGGGGAAGCAACCAGGGGGGAAUAGACGGUUCACAGCCCCCCCUACCUCCACCACCACCCCCAUAUAACCACCCUCAUCAAUACAUACCACCAGAUCCCCGCCUUGCACUGCAGAGAACCCCAAGUGGCUCUCGUAGCCUAAUGUAAAGUUAAAAACGACAGUUUUAAGAACUGAACACACUGUAGGUGCACUUUUGACCAUAUUUAUCUAUAUAUGUAUAUACAUGAAAGAAAUAUAAUGAAAAAUGCCAACUAUAUGCAUAUAUUUAGGGUAUCAGACAUAAAUGCGAAAGGUAUUAAUAUAUGGUAUGUACUUUGCAGAUAUGCGAAACAACCAAUAAGAUUUCAUUAUUGCUGUGUAUUUUGAAACGUUACAUAGUUUUAACAAAUUUAUAUAACGGAUUCUGUCUUUCUGAACACUCUGAGGUUAUAUUGUUGAGUACUUGUCCUGGAAAGGAUUUCUCUGGUGCAUUUUGUUAUAGACAAAAUUAUUUCACAAAACAAAAAUGUGAUAUCUCACAACAUUUCACUUUCAAUUUCGCUGAUAACUGCUUUUGUGUGGGAGCUGGUCUGUAAUAUCACCCUUUUGGCUUUAAUUAUAUUACUGAUGCGUCUAUUUAAUGUGUGCGUGUGUACUGUAUGCAUUUGAUUGAAAAAAUUGUAUACGUGCCAAAAUGAGGACACCCUCCACCAUGGACUUUUGCACUGUUGAACGCUUAGGGCUAGAGCAAGCAUUUCUGCUUAUAACAGCGAUCAUUUAGAUUCCCUAUAGGUACACAUUUGUAGAAGACAUUAGGAUGUACGAUUAGUUUAAAAACAUUUCUUGUGUGGCCAAUGUUGUAUUCCUGUGAAAUGUGAAUUACUUCCUUAUCACCUGUCUAUGAAAAUGUCUUAUUCCUUUUAACUUAUAUAUGUAUGUAAAUUGAAAAAUAAUAAGGGCCUUUCACGUGACUUGCGUCAACAUCCCCCAUUGCUUUAAACGCUAUAAAACAAAGUAAAAAUAUACUUUGCCCAAGUUUGUCCUUGUGUGCAAACAAAAAUUACUAGGCAAUUUGCAUAACAUAUCAUAAUGGGUGGUGUCAUUAAGAACUAUUUUUUUCUUUUUUCGGGGGGGGAAUGUGUAAUGGCGGUUGCCAAAACUUGGACUUGGAAAUACACGUUACCUCUUUCGUUUCCUUUCACCCUUUUUGCUUUACUAUGAACACCAACUUCUUGCUACCUAACAACCACAUAAAGUCACCUUUCUGUGACACUAUGUGCGACAUUCGAUAUUUGCAUUGAGCAGUCCUGUCCCAACUCUGACCCAAGUCAUCUGAAAGGGCCUUCAGUUUCUGGCAACGUAUCGUGGCUCAAAGGGUCACAGCCAGUGAACGCUCUUUGUAACGGCUAUUGUUUCCACGCUCAGGAAUUUCAGAAAGAACCUGAAAAAAGACUGAGACAUUUUAAAGCUUGUGCUUGAACUUUAUGUAGCAACCUGGAAGGCGUAAGGCCCUGCUGAAGAGGCCAUUUGAUCCCAGCAACCACCUAUGGAGGCACUGUAUGUUUUACAAGUUUAUCAAAUGAUGGCAGAAUAUUGCACCACUGUCAUCAUGUGACUCAGAUAAUAUAACAUGAUCUCUGUACCUUGAACAGUAGUCACUACUACAGUAUAUAAAAAAACACCCAAAAGACACACCUUCAGCACUAUCAAACAAUUUCUGCCGUUUGAAUACUACUCUUGUGUGAACUUUCUCGCAAGCCAAGUGACACUUGAAACAUCGGUCGAGAUGCACAUCGUUGGCACAAAACACUUUAACCUGAAUGUCUGUCUGGUUGAUCUUCUCUUUUCCAGUUGAAUGAUACAACUUAUCUAUAGAUUUAUUUAGUUUUGUUUUGCUUGUAGUUGCUGUCAUAUAUCUGCAUAUAAAUCAACACUGAUUUAGCUCUGGUAAAUGUUAACUGCACUUAAUCCAGCCAUUUCUGAUCUGUUAUCUACAUAACAUUUAAAGUCAACAUGAAAAUACAUUCAUGACUUAUUUUACUUUCAUGUGACACACUUUUUUAAUAAGUAGAAUGGGACUUGAUUUUCUGGAUUCGUAUGAUCUUAAAAAAUGGGCAUUGCGUUUUUCGAUUACAGCCAGAUCCAAAGAAGAACUGCUUUUCCAAAAUACUCACCAAUAGAUUGAAUUAAGAUGGAGGACGUGUCUCCAUAGACUUCCAUUGUACAAAAUGAAGCCAAAAUCUCCCAAAAAUGGCUGCUGACAUCUUGCUCCAAUGAUGUCUUUCGGAGCCAGAGUCUGGGUAGUGAUUGUAAAGUGUAGACACCGUAUCAAAGUCCCACCCAUAUUCAGUUUGAUCACAGACACACAAAUCAUGGUGUCAUGCCAGGGGCAGAUGGGAUAAAAUUGGACUUUCUCACCCAGAGUGGCCCACCACACCCUGCUUUCAACACACCAUAGCGUACAAAAAAAAAAAAAAACAUAAAUACUACUUAAACUUUAAAUAAAGUCAGAUUUAGUAUAAAGUAACACAUUUUAACUGUUUGCCAACGCAACAUGACAUAUCCAAAGGUGUGAACAGACUUUGCCAACAUAAGUGGGUGGGGACACAGGUCUGUUUAUGGAUGUACUGUUUUUGGAUCCAAAAUCAAAAUUAUAUUAAGUACAAAAUUGAACAAAGGAAAUGUACUCAAUAAAUCUCUGUCUCAAAGAGACAGAGAAAAAAUUCACUUCUUUCAUCUGAUUGGUGGGAAUUCCUGCUCGGCUCUGUAAUUUGAUUGGCUUGCAUUCGUGUUUGUCUUAAAGGGGACAUAUCAUGAAAAUCUGACUUUUUUCAUGUUUAAGUGCUAUAAUCAACCUAAAAAAUUUGAAAAAGAACAACCCAGUGACUUAGUUUUGGUAAACCAUUCUCUGCCAGCAUGUAAAAUAAUAGGUAGGCCUAAUUGACAUUUGGCUUCCCUUGUUAUGUCAAAAGGGGAUACCGCCCCUUAAUCUGCACUAUCCAACCACGGCACUACCAUUUAGUGCAGAUAUCAACUAAUUUGCAUUUAAAUGGCAAUUUUAACAUGCUAAAAUAAGUUAUCUAUAUGGUAUUUUGAGCUUAAACUUUACAUAGGUACUCUGGGGACACCAAAGAUUUAUUUGACAUCUUAAAAACUCUUGUGAAAUGUCCCCUCUAAGAAACUCCUGCCUUCUUUGAUUUGAUUGGAAGUCCUGCAGUGAGUUACAAAUGCCCCCUCCCCAGUUUUGUAAUUGCUAUUAUUAUUUCUUUAUAUGUGCAUGACAGCGAGUCAGCCAACAUUGCCCUAGAAUUUUUAAUAGCAUCUUAAAACCAAACUUAUUAGUAAAAAUAGCACUUUAAAGUACACCAGUGUGAUAAGAAAUAACUAAAAUAAUAGGAACUAUCUUAGAAAUCACACUUCAAAUAAGAUUUUCCCUAAGUUUACAAUGAGAGGACGGGGCUUUUGACCUUUACUGCAGCCAGCCACCUGGGGCGGCAUCAAAAAUGUUUGGCUUCACUUUUUAGGAUGUGUGUGGCACACAUGGUUUUAAGAGAGUUUUUGUGUGGGAGGCAUAAUGCUUCUUUCCAGACAUGUCAUUAUUCUGUAUUAUUGGCAUAAUCUUUAUUACAUUGAUGUUAACCGACUUUGAAUUAUUUUGUUAAAAAUAUUGCAGUGUAAGUCACAUCAGUUGCAUAAAGCAGUGCAAAAAUAGCUGUUUAGCUAUUGCUUAACAUUACCCAUCAGCCCACAUGGCUUACAUGAGAGAGAAACAUUUCAAUAACAAGGAACAACUUUCAUGUUGACUUUAAGCUGUAGUAAGCUGUAUUAAUUGUAAAACCAUUGACGUGUCAUAUAUAUAUAUAUAUAGCAGUGUGUCUAGUUUCCUUUGUUUUCAUAUAUGGUUGAGUGUUUGUUUCAUAAUUAUAUUGCUGCUGUUUGGAGAUCCCAAUCUGAUCUUCUCUUCCUCUUCUCACUGUGUUGUUAUUUCCAUGUAUGGUAAUGAUUUAAGAUGAAAUGCACUUGUUGUUUUUGGCGUAGCAAACACACAAGAGUCUUCAUUAGCAUUACACAACCAGAUUCAUCAUACCUUGGCUUGUCAAUUGAACCAUCAGCAAAUCCUCCAAAAUAAAUGAGCCUCCCGGUUUCUUUCAUCAGCA